GAACUAACUACAGAAAUGAUAUUAUCUGGUUCAUGGAAAUCAACUCCAUUCAAACCUUACAAUUUUGAAGCUUUAGGCCAAUCACAAUUGGCUGGUUGUUUACAUCCUUUAUUGAAAGUUCGCUCAGACUUUCGUCAAAUAUUUCUAAUGGGUUUUACCGAAAUGCCAACUAAUAAUUUUGUUGAAAGUUUAUUUUGGAAUUUUGAUGCAUUAUUCCAACCUCAACAACAUCCCGCAAGAGACUCUCAUGAUACUUUUUUUUUGGACAACCCUCAAACUAGUGAAAACUUUCCUCAAGAAUAUUUAAACAAGGUAAAAAUAGUACAUUCUAAAGGUGGCUAUGGUUCUCAAGGAUAUGGCUAUGAUUGGUCUUUGGACGAAGCUAAGAAAGAUGUUUUGAGAACUCAUACUACAGAUGUUAGUGCUCGUAUGUUGUAUGGCCUAGCUAAAGAUUUUAAACCGACUAAGUACUUUAGUAUUGACAGAGUAUUCCAAAAUGAGACUUUGGAUGCUACUCAUUUGGCAGAGUUUCAACAAGUAGAAGGAGUAAUAGCUGAUUACAAUUUAACUUUGGGAGAUUUGAUUGGAGUUCUUCACAUGUUUUUUGAACGAUUAGGAAUGACUGAAAUCAAAUUUAAACCUGCUUACAAUCCGUAUACAGAACCUAGUAUGGAAAUAUUUUGUUAUCAUCACAACUCUGGAAUGUUUCGUCCUGAAAUGCUAUUACCAAUGGGCUUACCAGAUAAAGUAAAUGUUAUAGCUUGGGGAUUAUCAUUAGAGAGACCAACUAUGAUUAAAUAUGGAAUUAACAAUAUAAGAGAUCUAGUUGGCCCUAGGGUUAAUUUACAAAUGGUACAAGAUAACCCAAUUUGUAGAUUAGACAAAUAA